GUAACUGUAGACAUGUUCAUUCCAAAUCAAAUAUCACACAUCAGAUCAACACCAAACAUCCAUCAUACAUCCCACAAAUUUACAAGUAUAAUAGUAACACGACUCAAAUGUAACUGAGAAAAUAAGUAAUAUACUUUUUAAUUAUUAUUGUCCUUUGCUUCAUUUGGCCAGAAUGUCCAAAGUUUCCCUGAGGUCAAAAACAACCAGCUCACGACUAACAUUAAAUCGUAGAAGAAAGCAACAUGCAAAGAAACUCAUUUUGAAACCUUACGACUUUUGUUGUUCAGUUGAUAAUGUUGAUCCAUUAACGCAAUAUGACAGGCUAAGAUCACUUUAUAGAUCACCAUUGAUGUCUCUACAAACAAUAACUGAAAGCCCAACUUUGAAACUGCGAACAGAAUUUACUAACUAUAUGGAACGUAAAUUGAGAAGGAAAAGCCUUAAAAACAAGCAAUUUGAUAUAGGAGAUCAUAGACACAAAAAUAAGAAAAGUUUGCAGAUUUCAGAAAGACUAAGGAAGUUAUAUAAAGCAAAGAAAUUACAUAAACAACAUAAAUUAGAAGAUACUGAUGAUGAUUUUGAAUUUGAAGAUUUACAUGAUAAAAAAGUUACGUCUCUUCUUCAAAGACCAUUGCAAUGGUAUUUAGAAGAUGAAAUUAUUGGAGCAAAAGAUAUUUUAUGGGAACAAAAACAAAGAGCAUACAAUGAAAAAAUGAAUAAAAAUGUUGAAAUUGGAAAGCAAAAAACAGAAAAUAUGUUAAAACAACAAACAGACAAGUAUCCACGAUGGUAUCAAGAUUUUUCUAUUAACCAAAUUAAAAAUUUAAGGAUGUUACAAUGUAUAAUGCAGAAAGAUUGUGAAGAAAUGGUAACAGGACGUACUCAAAGAACUCUUAUAUCAAUUGGAAUUAUAUCUACAUUUUUUACACUUACGUCAGAUGUUAUUAAAAAAUUGCAAGAAUCUUGUAACUGCAAUGUAAUCGAAUUUUUAAGAGAAAUUUAUAAGAUAUUAACUGGAAAUUAUUUUGAAGAGGAAGGAUACAAAAACUUUUAUGAUUGUAAUGAAAGAAUAAUUUUAUCAGCGAUUGCAUUCCUGACUUUACCAGAAGCUAUUAUAGAGCUUCACAAACGUUUACCCCCUGUAACAAUGUCAGAAUUUCCACCAAAACCAAUUCCACCAACAUUAUCAAUAAGGCAGAAGAUGAAAUCGCCUUAUAAAGAAAAACUUUUUAUACGAACAGAUUGGGCAACUUUUUACAAUCGCUUACAAGAUUGGCAAGAGCAACAUCGAUUAAUACCAAUUCCGAAUAUAAUAUUACCUCCUAAAAAUUGCCUUUUAAAUAAUUAUUCCAGUGCAAAAGUUAAUGCUUAUUACGAAGGAAACAAACACGGUAAAGUACAAAACGUUUCGGAAAAUUAUCAGUUAAUUCAGAUUAAAAAUAAUCCUUCUAUUCAAACAAAGCAACCACAUAAUAUUUCUACCAAAACAAAUCAGGAAAGAGAUACCUCCAUUAGUACAAAACAGAAAAAAUAUACUUUUAUUGAUACGAAACAAAAGGAUGAUGUACCAGUCAGAAUUAGGAGGAAUAAUCCAUCUGAUAAUUCUCCAUACUCUUUUGAAUUAAAUCAAGAUCAACAUAAUUUUGUAGCGAACGAACUUACAGAAAAUAACGAAAAUGAAAAAUUUAAGAGCAUAAUAGGUAACGCAAUCAGUACAAAACAGAGAAUACCGCAUAACUCACAAAUAUCUACUGGCCUUAAUGUUCCAUCCUUAUAUGGUGAAAAUAGAUUAUUUGAUUUUACAAUCAAUGGAAUUAGCGAAAAACCAGGGCCUAUAGAAUAUAAAAUAUGUGGAGUUUUACAACCACCUCAAUCAAAUAAAAAAUCUUGGCUUGGCGAGAAACAUGCACAUUACAUAAUAUCUGGUGCUUCAGAUGAACCACCAACUUGCCCUGUAACGUAUGAAAUGACUGGUGUUGCAAAUGUAACACCCACUAACAGCAACGAGAGAUUCUUUGCAGUAUUGAAACUUGGAGAUGGACCUAAAAAGAUUUAUCCAAGUGGAAGGCAGAAUUUAUCUCGUCAUUGGCAAGAAUGGCUGCAAAAUGUGGAUGAAGAAUUUCGGAAAAUAGAAAGAGAGGCAAACAAAAUGAUAAAAAAUAUAGAAGCUAUAACGAAAUUAGUAUUUCCAGGACCAACAUGUGACAGUUGUUGUUCCUGUAGACAAACUAGAAAAUCAUACUUAAAAGCAAAAGAAACGAAAGCGCCUUAUUUUGUGAUAGAUACUAUAACCGAAGACGACAAUAAAAAAAAAUAUAUUGUAGGAUCAAUGGCAAUGCAUUCUCCUGCACUAACACCUCCAGAAUCAACCGUGAAUUUAUUAGAAGUUAUAGCUUCGGAAGAUGUCCUUACUGACAACCUUAUAAUAAGUGGUGUCACAAAUGAAACAGGUGAAACACAGUAUUUUAUUACUGGUUCUCAGAAAGAAGUAAUACGCAUGCCAGCACGAGUUAUAGAACGUCCACCACCUAGACCGCUUAGGAAUGUUCCACCUUGUAUAUGUGCAAUUCAACAAAUAUUUACUAAAGGCUUGUUUCCAAAUGUAAGCCAUGAUAAUAUACCAUGGACAAAAGAGGAAGGUUUGUGUUUUGGAAAAAAGUUUAGACCCCAAGAAUCUCCUGCGUAUUCCUGUAAAAAGUAUCCAGGUAAUAAGUCAUGUAGAAGAAGUCCAUUUACACAUGACAUAAAUAGAUUAAAAAGAAGAGUUGAAAUGGCAAAACAAAAGCAAGGAGAUGAAGCUACAGGGAAGAAGAAAAUGUAUAGUAUCGCAGAUUUUCAACCAUGUGGGGAUGAACAUGGUAUGAAUAUUUGCGGAGGACCUUGGAAUGCUUUGCAUACUCUAACAUCAGAAGAACUAAAAGAACAGGAAAGAUUACGGAAAGAAAUAUUAAGAGGUCCUUCUUGUGGAAAAAGACCUGGACAAGCUGUCUGUGAAGGUCCUUUUGGAGAACGAAUACCAUUAAAACCACAGCAAAUAUUUAUAGAAGAAGAAAUUCCAGGAGAAGAUAUUGAAGAAGAAGAAGAAGAAGAAGUAGAAGGAGAGGAAUUAAUAAAGCCUCCUCCAGUUGAGGUAAAAGGAAAAGAAAAGGAACGCGACAAGAAGUGUCACAUGAGUCCAGAAGCUAUAGAAGCUAGAAGACAAAGGGUAGUAGAGAAAAAGGUUAAAAAAUUUGUUCCUGAUCCGAGCUAUCCUGGUUACGAUGAUCCGUGGAAUAUAUUUCGUACAGCACCAUCGGAAAAAGAAUCUGAAACUGAUUUUAAAAAGUUAUUAAAACUUAGUUCUCCAAAACCACCAGGUACGGCUGUACAAUCUAAAACAUUGAUGGACGAAAUUGGAAAAUCUGCACUACAUGAAGAUAUUUCUAAAUCAGAGAUAAGAAAAGAUCACCCAACUGUAAAAGAGUCAAAAAAAAUAUCUCCUACACAUUCUGCACGAAAUACGUCAGAACAAAUUUCGAAAAAACGAAAUCGAGAAAAAUUAAAAAGCGAAGAAAAAAUAAGUGAAAAAGGAUUUAAAAAAUCUGAUAAGAAAGGAUUUAAAAAAAUCCAGGAAAGAAUGAUUGAGACAAAAUCAAAAAAAAUGGAUAAAAAUGUGAUUAGAAAAAGCGAGGAAAGUAAAAAGAAAUACAAUCAAGUAACGAAACGUGAUACAACAAAGGAUAAGAUACAAGAUCAAAGUACUCCAAAAUUAGUAAAAGAUAAACACGAUCAAAAGUUGAAUAUGAAAUCUAUAGGAAAUCCUUCACUUCCUAAAUAUUUGGAAAAACUAAGCGAUGGAUCAAAUCCGAAAAAAUCUAAUAUUGGUAAAGAAACAUCUGCCAUUAAGUCUCAACAAAACAUGCGUAAUGUAAGUGAGGUUGAUAAACGACAUAAGAAAAGAAUGAGUUCAAAGAAAUCAAAUCACAGAUCUAUUACAUCAUCAAACAUAAAAAAGAAAACAAUAAGUAAACAGUUGAGUACGAGAAAAUCGGUAAGACGAGAUAAAAAGAAAGAUGUGAUUAAUCAAGAUGUAGAUCCUGAAACAAUUUAUAGGAACAAGAUAAAUGAAUUGAAAAAUAUAAUGAAAUCUUCUGAACAGUAUCCAUAUAAUAUAAAACCAGCAGAGAUCCCAGAUGAUCCUCCAGCAAAAUGUCAACUAGAAUACGAAGAUUCAGAAACUACGAUUGACACUGUACAAGUUGAAGAAAAUGCAGAUAUACAAUUACCAACCAAAGGUCCUUGUGGUUGGAGGACAAAGUCAGAACAGCAAUUACCAACAAAGAAAACUUUGAUAUAUCUGACUGAUCCAGAUUAUCCUCCAGAAACAGUACCAGUUAGGUCAGGUGGAAAACCAUGUGUUUGUCGGGACAAUAGGGCAAAAAAGAAAAUAUUAUUAUAUAAUAUCGGAGGACUCAUAGGUGGAAAGAAAAAUGGCGAAGAAAAGAAGUUAUUAAGAAAGAAGAAAGACGAAGACAAAAAGAUGCAAGUUAUUGAUGGGGUCAUUUAUUAUACUCCACCACCAAGUCCUCGUAGAAGCAAUGAAUAUGUACCCGAAUAUGAUCUUUAUGAAUCUCCAUAUGAUAUGUGUCUUACGCAACGUAAAGACCGAAGUCUUAAAUUUCUCGAUCAAUAUGGUAGACCGAAAAUAUCUGAAGUUUCAAAAAAUAGAGAAUCUUGCGGUUGUAACGAAUACGUAGAAACGUAUGGUAUUCAAACUAUAAAUGAAAAUGAAGGAAAAGCUCAAUUGUUGAAAGAACUUGAAUCCAAAGACAAGUUAAUAACCGCGAAACCACCGAAAGAUCGCUGGAAUCUGGCGCUUAAAGAUGUAGGCUUGAUAGAUUAUUUCACACGAUGCAGAGACAGUUUGCCUUGUUGGCUGAAAUGUGCCAAAUUUAAUAAAGUUGGCUGUCCUAUAUCAUAUAGAAAACUUAAAACAAAACGACCAGUAUGUGAAUGUAAGUAUGAAAGAAAAAUACUCGAACAUAAGGAGGAAAAAGUGAAAUGGAAGCAGCGUCAAAAACGAUUAAAGUCUUUGAAAAAGCAACCAUAUGUGAACAUAGCUGACAUUUCGAAACUAUUGAUACCAAAUACAAAAUUAAUGAUAUCAGACGUAAAAAGAAUUCCAAGAGAAGAUGAAUACAUAGACGAUAUUAAAUAUUGUAUAACUGGAGUUGCCGAAAACUAUGACCAUUUACCACCUAAACAAAUAGUAGGUGGUAUCCAUAUGGUUACACCUAUUCAGACACCUGAACCAAGCGAACAUGAGAUAUCAUGUGUUUGUUUGCAUCGACAUUGGUCGCCUAUGAAGAUUACUCCUGGUCCAUUACCAAAACCUGAAGAAAUUUUACUUGCUGAAAAGAAAUACAGACAAGAAGCUGUGAAAGAAGCGUUCCGCCAAAUUUAUGCUCCUCAAUCAGCAUAUCACAUACAUGAUGAUCAUAGUUGCAAAGAAAAAUGUGGUGGAUAUCUUGAAAUCGAAAAUGACAAAAAUACAGGAAAAGACAAACAAGUUGUGCAGGAUAACAGUCGUUAUAUAGCAUCUUAUUUACAAAAACCUACUAGUAUCAAAGGCAAAUUAACAAAUUCCGCUCGACAUAUUAAAUCAAAUAUUGAUGAUCUUCAAAUUAAAACAGAGAUUAAAAAUUUACCAAUGCAGAAAUUCUCUGAAACUAAAGCAAGAAGUUCGCAUAAAGAAAAUAAAGAUACAAAUGUGGCAGGGCAAAAGACUUUUGAAAAUAAAGUAAAGAGUUCACGUAAAGAAGAUAGAGACUUCAAGAUUGAAAGAAGAGAUCAGAAAUAUGUAAAUGUUCCUCAGAAACAAACUAGAGGCGAUAUUCAAAAUGAUCCUAUUGAAUUAAAUGUAGAGAAUAUAGAUAUUUGGGAUAAAGAAACUGAAGAAGAUUCUGAUGAUUCUAAAUGUUAUUUAAUGGCUAUAGUGAAGAUCGAAUUAAAAAAAAUGGCGGCAGAAGGAUUUCUGUUUGCAAAACUACCCAAGUGUUUUUUAAUGCCACAGUUGCAAUAUUGGUUGAUGUAUAGAAAAGGGCUCAGUUUUAGUGAUGCGGCUAAAAACAAAUCAAUACGCAACAGUAUUAAAAUGUGGAACACGCUAGAUAUGGGAGCCGCUAAAUCUAAAGUUACUGUACCAUCGUUGAAAAUGACAAAAAUUCAACUUAGAAAAUUAACUUAUGAUGAUGCGCAAGAAAUAAAAACAAAGAUCGCACUGAAAAAAGCUAUAUUCUAUAGUCGAGUUCGUAAAGAACGCGUUUUAUAUUCACGAUCGAUGUGGAAUUCGAUGGAGUAUGGAAAAUUUCCAUCGGUAUCGUUCAAGCAAGCGUAUUUUACUUAUAUGGCUAGCAAAGAAGGCGAUGGUUACGUUUUUAAACCGUGGCUACCUUCUGAAGUACACGAAAUGAAUUAAAGAAAAUAAAAUAAAAAUAUUCGCAG